CUGAACUGAGCAAGAAUAAUGUUCUUCUGUAUCCUGUCUCUCUUCAUGCUCCUUCUGCACAGCCCAAUAUGUGCAGGUGUGGGGAUCACAGGAGGCAAAGAAGCCGUUCCUCAUGCAAGGCGAUACAUGGCUCUAGUGAGAACAGGUCCAAGCCUUUGUGGAGGAACUUUGAUUAAAGACAACUGGGUGUUGACAGCAGCUGCUUGUAAAGUUGACAAAACUACUACAGUUGAUCUUGGUGUCCAUUCAAUAAAAACAAUGAAUAAGCUGAGACAGCAGUUUAAGGUUGUACGAUCGGCCCCACACCAGAAGUUUGACCCACGCUCAUACGCCAAUAACCUCCAACUAUUACAGUUGUCUGGCAAAGCAAAUUUUAGUUAUGCUGUGAAUGUUCUACCAUUGCCAUCGAAAUAUAAGGAUAUCAAGCCUGGGACUGUAUGUCAAACAGCCGGAUGGGGUAUUACUGCCUAUAAUGGAAAGCAACGAUCUGACAAACUGAUGGAAGUCAGUUUAACUGUAUUGGACAGAAUGAAAUGUAAAGACCAGUGGAAGUCGAAAAUCAAAGUAACAAAAGACAUGAUAUGCACCAGUGACAAAGGAAAAAGGGGCUUCUGUAAUGGUGAUAGUGGAGGACCUCUCAUCUGCAACCGCAUAUUCACUGGUGUCGUUUCAUUUGGACCCUUAAUUUGUGGUAUGGAAAAUGGAGCCAAUGUCUACACACGUCUAACUAGUGAUUACAUUAAAUGGAUUAAAAAAGAAACUAAUAGAAUAUAAUUCCAAAUAACCCACAGAUUCUAUGGAGCUAGUAAAUUUAUACUUAUGACAAGGUCAUAAAGAUGUAUAACAUAAGCCAUUUGUAUGCCACAAUUAAUUCUUUUUUUUUAAUGUUACUUUGUUUUUGUCCUCUGGAAAUAAAAAUAGCUAAAUAUAAAAUG